GGGCCUACAGUUCCCAGCAUCCGCAGCGCGGCGUGCGGCCAUGGCGCCGACAAUCCAGAACGCGCAGCGGGACGACGGGCACCGGUCCAAUGCACAUCGGGCAGCACCUGAGAGGUCCGGAGUGGUAUGCAGGGUGAAGUAUUGCAACUCUCUACCAGACAUUCCCUUUGACCCAAAGUUUGUGACAUAUCCAUUUGAUCCCAACAGAUUUGUACAGUAUAAAGCUACCUCCCUUGAGAAACAACACAAACAUGAGUUGUUAACUGAACCAGAUCUGGGAGUCGUGAUUGACCUCAUCAAUCCUGAUACUUACCGGAUUGAUAACAAUGUCAUCCUUGAUAUUGCAGACGAGAAGCUACUUGAAGAGGAAAUUCAGGCACCAUCGAGUUCAAAACGUUCACAGCAACAUGCAAAGGUGGUGCCAUGGAUGAGAAAAACUGAAUACAUCUCCACAGAAUUCAACCGAUACGGCAUCUCCAACGAGAAGCCAGAAGUCAAAAUCGGUGUGUCUGUCAAACAGCAAUUCACAGAGGAGGAGAUUUACAAAGACAGAGACAGCCAGAUCGCAGCAAUUGAAAAGACAUUCGUGGAUGCGAAUAAAGAGGUCACUCAACAUUACAGCAAGCCUCGGGUUACCCCUGUGGAAGUCAUGCCUGUGUUUCCUGAUUUUAAGAUGUGGAUUAACCCAUGUGCACAGGUCAUAUUCGACUCUGACCCAGCACCCAAAGAGAUUGCCGGCCCAGGUGCUGUGGAGAUGAUGUCUCAAGCUAUGAUCAGAGGUAUGAUGGAUGAGGAAGGAAACCAAUUUGUUGCUUACUUCCUGCCAAACGAGGAAACCAUAAGGAAAAGAAAGAGAGAUAACGAGGAAUGCAUUGACUACAUGCCCGAGGAUGUAUAUGAAUACAAAAUAUCCAGAGAGUAUAACUGGAAUGUAAAGAACAAAGCCAGUAAAGGAUAUGAGGAAAACUAUUUCUUUAUCUUCCGAGAUGGUGAUGGAGUUUACUACAAUGAACUUGAGACCAGAGUACGUCUGAGCAAGCGGCGUGCAAAGGGAGGUCACGGAGUUCAAUCAAACACCAACGCAGUGCUUGUGGUAAAGCACAGAGACAUGAAUGAGAAGGAGCUGGAGGCACAGGAAGCCAGGCGGGCUCAACUGGAGAAUCAUGAGCCAGAGGAUGAAGAGGAAAUGGAACAAGGGACAGAGAUCCCAGGAUCAGAAGAUGAAAAAGAGAAAGAGAGUGGCAGUGAGAAGGCAGACAGUGCGGACGAGCACUCUGGCAGUGAAAGUGAACGGGAAGAGGACAAAGAGGACAAAGCCAGCAACAAGAGCGGCAGCGACGUGGAGAGUAAUAGUGGGGAUGAUCGACAGGCCCGCGAGGCCCGGGACGAGGAGGAGAUCUUCGGCAGUGAUGAUGACAGUGACAAUGAGGACCAACCGAAUGAGAGCGGCCAAGAGGAGAGUGGCAGUGAUGACGAGCAGCACAGCGAGGAGGAAGAGCGCAGGAGCCGCAGCAGGAGUGCAUCCAACAGCGGCAGCGAGCAGUCUGACAAUGAGAACCAGCAUGGUGCACAGAGUGGCAGCGAACAGGGUACAGAUUCAAGUGAAAAUGAGGGAAGUGGCAGCGAGAGUGACUGAUAAAAAAAACUCAGUGCUGAACUGGCAGAAGUGGGUUCAGUUGGAUUGGGACAUCACCUCAUAGAUUCACUGAGACUUUUGUGAGUUCAGUGAGCAUUCUCUCCCUUACACCUCUCUCCUCUCUCUCUCCUUCUCUCUCUCUCUCUCUCUCUCUCUCCUCUCUCUCUCUCUCCUCUCU